AUGUCGGGCCGGGGGAAGCAGGGCGGCAAGGCCCGCGCUAAGGCCAAGUCCCGUUCCUCCCGUGCCGGCCUCCAGUUUCCCGUGGGCCGCGUCCAUCGCUUGCUGCGCAAGGGCAAUUACGCCGAGCGGGUGGGCGCCGGAGCUCCCGUCUACUUGGCCGCCGUCAUGGAGUACCUGACAGCCGAGAUCCUGGAGCUGGCAGGGAACGCCGCCCGGGAUAACAAGAAGACGCGGAUCAUUCCUCGGCAUCUCCAGCUAGCCGUCCGUAACGAUGAGGAGCUCAACAAGCUGCUGGGUGGCGUUACUAUCGCCCAGGGGGGUGUUCUGCCCAACAUCCAGGCUGUGCUGCUGCCCAAGAAGAGCGAGAGCCACAAGGCCAAGGGCAAGUGAGGUGGCGAUGGGGAGGCGGGGGGAGCUGCUUUGAGGAAGCCUGAAGAUUUUUGUGGUGGUUUUUUCUGUUUGUUUUUUAAACCCAAAGGCUCUUUUCAGAGCCACCCACUGCUUCAGGAAAAGGGCUGGAGGAACAGAAGCAAUAGGGGCCUGCUGCUGAUGAAUUCAUUGUUGUCUGGUUCUUUAUUCUUCCACGGGGGAAAUACCC